GCAGGUGAAGAGGGAACAGACAAAGGUGAAAUAACUGAAGAUGGUACAGGUAAUAACACAGAGGAUGGUGGAUCAAAUGAUGAUGAAUCAAAUGAUGAUGAUGAUUCAUCAUCAGAAACAUCAAGUAAUAAUGUAGAUAUCGCUGGAGGUUUAUUAGCGGAAAUUGAAAAAGUUUAUGAUACUUCUGUACCUGCUUCUUAUAACUCAGAUGAUAUUGUUGAACUUCGUAACGCAAUUGAUAAGUUAAUUAAAGAGCAAUCAGAUAUAGAUGUCCAUACGGAUGAUGAACGUAAAGCAUGA